UACGAGUAGUAACAGGGGAAGGAUGAGUAGUAGUAGUAACAGUAACAGUAGUAUCGGCGGUAUCAUAUUUGAAGAGGUACUGAUAUUUAUCAGUGAUUUCACUCCACCCUACAUGAUGCCUUCAGGAUAACUACAUUACCUCACACAACUACCUGCCCGCUCGUCACGUGUGCUGAUGCACGCGCUGUGUUCAGUUGCCAGAAGGUCCCGGAAGAGGCUCACUACACAUUCAGAGUGGGCGCGGGGCGCAGGUGAGCUAGCGCGACACUUUAGGUAAACAAAGAAGGAAAAAAAACAUGGAAACGACACCCAGGAUACGGUUUCACAGACACCCGCUUCCAGCACAACUUCAAAGCAGGCUGGAGAUCAGUGUUUGAUCCAACAUCCUGAUACACACAGCGUUGCCAGACACACUUCACAGGGCUUACACAUGCAAUAAGUUAACCAACAAACCCAGAGAGCAAAGGAACCAGUCGACCUGUCACUCUCCACCAUGGCGAGCCAGGAACCUCUCAAUCCUUCACAUGCUACAUUUGACCUCUUCAUUCAAGCCAAGACUUGUAAGGAAGUGAAGCACUACUUCACUGAGCUCUGCAAGCAGCUGGACAUCAAUCCUAAGGAUUUCAGGACUUUCUACAUCAAGUUAAAGGAAAGACUGAACUACUGGAAGGCCAAAGCUUUGUGGACAAAGCUGGACAAAAGGGCGUCUCAUGCCGAUUACCAGCAAGGAAAAGCCUGUACCAAAAACAAGUGUCUUGUGUUGGGUGCUGGACCAUGUGGGCUGAGAACGGCCAUCGAACUGUCCCUGCUGGGGGCUCAGGUGGUGGUGUUGGAGAAGAGAGAGGCAUUCACCAGGAACAAUGUUCUCCAUCUGUGGCCCUUCACCAUCUACGACCUCCGCGGGCUCGGAGCCAAGAAGUUCUACGGCAAAUUCUGCACCGGCUCUUUGGAUCACAUCAGCAUUCGUCAGCUGCAGUUGGUUUUAUUAAAAGUGUCACUUCUCCUUGGGGUAGAGGUUCACACUGGAGUGGAGUUCCAGGGCCUGAUUGAGCCCUCAGGCGAAAACGGUUGGAUGGCCAAGCUGCAGCCUGCUUCUCAUCCUGCUGCAAAUUUCCAGUUUGAUGUCUUCAUCUCUGCUGGAGGAGGCAGGUUUGUCCCUGAUGGUUUUAAGCAUAAAGAGCUGAGAGGGAAGCUGGCUAUCGGCAUCACAGCCAACUUCAUCAACAGGAACACGGCUGCUGAGGCCCAAGUAGCAGAGAUCAGCGGCGUGGCACGCAUCUACAACCAAAAGUUCUUCCAAGAUCUGCUCACUGAGACAGGUAUUGAUCUGGAGAAUAUUGUCUACUACAAAGACGACACCCACUACUUUGUCAUGACUGCCAAAAAGAAGAGCUUGCUGAAGAAGGGGGUCAUUAAACAGGACUACAGUGAUGCAGAGGAGCUACUGGCUCCAGCAAAUGUGGAUCGUGAGGCUUUGCACCAUUAUGCCCAUGAUGCUGCCAACUUCUCCACAGGCGGAAACCUGCCCGACCUCAAGUUUGCUCAGAACCAUGUUGGCCAGCCAGACGUGGCCAUGUUCGACUUCACCUGCAUGCACCGCGCUGAGAAUGCCUCACUUGUCAGGGAGAGGAGGGGGAAGAAAUUAUUGAUGGCUCUUGUUGGAGAUUGCCUGGUGGAGCCUUUCUGGCCUCUGGGAACAGGCAUAGCCCGUGGGUUUUUAGCUUCCUUUGACACAGCGUGGAUGGUGAGAAGCUGGGGCAUGGGGGUCCCACAUCUCAAGGUCCUGGCUGAACGAGAAAGUAUCUACCAGCUCCUGUCGCAGACCACACCAGAAAACACCAGCAAAAACUACGCUGGUUACAGCAUCGAUCCCAAGACACGCUACCAGAGGGUCAACCUCUCAUCCAUCCAUGCCAACCAGGUGCAGCACCUGUAUGAUGUUGAUAAAUCCCACCCAUCGACCAAGAAACAGAAAGACAAGUGGACUCCCAUGCGUCAAGAUUCAGUCAGUGGUUUUGAGGAGUUGUUGAAAUGGUGCCAGAAUCACACCGCAGGUUAUGCAAAUGUGAAGGUAAAAGAUUUUACCCAGUCCUGGAGGUCCGGGCUGGCUCUGUGCGCUCUCAUUCACCACUUCAGACCUCAGCUCAUUGACAUUUCUGCUCUGGAUGAGUCCAGUGCUGCUCACAACAACCAACUGGCUUUCAGCAUCUUGGAGAAGGAGUUGGGCAUCCCGCCUGUCAUGUCUGCCGCUGACUUAGCCAACAGUGGUCAGAUAGACAAGUUAUCCAUGGUUCUCUACCUCACCCAGGUCCAAAAAGCCUUCACUGUGCCAGCAAAAGACCCUGAAGGCUUUGUGCCAUCGUCCAAGUCUCUGACUCUCUCCCGGACACAGUCAGCUGUCUUUUUCCUGAGCAAGCUGAAGCACAACUCUCUGCAAAGACGCAAGGAAAAGCUGGCAGCAGAGAAACAAGCAAGAGAAACAGAGACGAGGAUGGGAGAUGAGGACAGUACGGUGGUGCCCCCUGUGUCCCCCGAGCACAGUCCCUCGCCUGAUCCUGCUCCUGCUCUCGAGCCCGAGCCUGAACCUGGUGCUGGCGUGUCGAUGACGCUGACUCACAGCGAGGAGUGUUACUUCUGUGGUCAAAGGGUCUACGCGGUGGAACGCAUCAGUGCUGAGGGCAAGUUCUUCCAUCGGAGCUGCUUCACCUGCCACCAGUGCGGCAUCACACUCAGGCUGGGGGGAUACAGCUUUGACCAGACUACAGGGAGGUUUUACUGUGAGCUGCACUCUGAAGAGCUGGAGCUGGGAAACGGGGCUGAAACAUCUUAUGAGGAUGGCAACGAAAUUCACAAAGGGACAAAUGAAGAGAACGGGCAUUCCAGUGAUGAUUAUACACUUUCUCCAUCGGAUGAGGAGUAUGAACACACUUUGGACUGUGGUCCCUCUUCACACACAGAGUCACAUAACCUGGAUGGACAGGACCAGCAUAUACUUGAAUCCAAAGAGGAAUCCCAAGAACCACAAACAUCACAAACUCCCACAGAUCCCCCAUCUAAAACUGAGGUAGAAGCUCCCACUGAGGAGAAGCUUCCUCCCACAAUGCCUUACCCUGUCCCCAAGCCCCGCCACUCUCGGCAGACCACACCCAUCCCUCAGCCGUCGCCUCCAAUAGCAAAACCUCGCACAGUCCACCUUUUUAACCCCUCAACCCAGAUUGGAGAUGAAAAUCAUUCAUCUCCAACCCCUACAAAAGAGAUCUCUAAGGCAGCACCAGACUCCCGUCCUAAGCAGUCACUGCGGAAGCUUCAGCUGACCGACGAGGAGAAAAACCAACUGGUGAAUCUUCAAAGUUUCAGUGCCGACUCGGAUUCUGAGACCCCUGGUGGAUCCUCAUCCUGCUCCUCUUCCUCAGCAACAGCAGGAGGUCCAAGCCCUCCUAAACCAGAGGGCCUGGAUGGACAAGAAGAAGAGGGCUACUGGAGUGGCAGCACCGCCAGUCACGUGCGUGAGAAGAGGAAUCGACGCUGCUUCAGACGAAAAGAGAUGCCAAGCGGGCAGACCAGAGUACGAUCCAAGUUUUCCCCCUGGAAUCUCUCUUCCCCGAGGAUCAGCAGAGACACCCGGCUCAGCGUCCUCAUUAAUCAUCCAGGGAGAGUGGAAACAACAUUCAGACAUGUUCACAGUGCCUCAGAAGAAGGUGCUGAUGGAGAUGAUGAUGAUGACGACGACGACGAUGAGAUGUUUGAACGAGAUGAUAUUGACUUAUAUGACGAGAAAUUUCAGGCCGUGCCAUCAGACCCUGUUGAGGCUGAGAAGCUGGAGUUCCUGAAGAUGAGGACACUGGAGCGACGAGCCAAGAUGAGUGAAUUACAGCGAUUCCGCAAAGCACAGUCCAUCCAGAGGAGGCUGGAGGAGAUUGAGGUGACCUUCAAGGACUUGGAGGAUAAAGGUGUAGAGCUGGAACGAACUUUGCGAGGAGAGGCUGACAGCAGCGGUUCUCCUGAUAUGAUCGAGCAGUGGAUCCAACUUGUCCACGAGAAGAACGCACUGGUUUCUGAGGAGUCUGACCUCAUGGUGGCGUCUCGACAGCUGGAACUUGAGGACAAGCAGAGCAUGUUGGAGUUGGAGCUCAGGAAAUACAUGGAGCUGAAUGAUAAGACACCAGAGCAGCAGGCAGAAGAAGAUCGAGUCCUUCAGCAGAUGAUCGAGGUGGUCGACAUGAGGGACUCCCUGGUGGCAUUUCUGGAAGAGAAGAGGCUGAAGGAGAUAAGCGAGGAGCAAGAGGCCUUCUCCAUUAUGGAGGCCAAACGGCACUCAAAGGCAGGAGCUCAGGUUCACUGGGCAUAAAGCUUUCACACACACACACACACACGCACACUCAGCAUAACCCUGUAUGUACUGCACAGUAGAUGCUCUCACAUCUGCUGUAUGUGUGACUUGCUGCUUUCAGACUUGGAACCUGAAACUUUUGCAAAGCCAAAGAUGAUACAGCAUCGUUGUGGAGGGUAACUCACCACAAGCGGCCCCUCAACGAUUAGGAUAAAGAGUUCAGGCUUACAGGCCAGAGGCUGAAUGAAUAUCAGUUGCAAUGCAGCCCCUAGAGGGAGACAUAAACCUGGAGAUCUGAGGCUUUGAGUUGACACGCGUCCAGCAACUCUCUGGCUAAGCCCUGCCUGCUGUGAUAGUGGAGUCACAGCAGCAGACCUCCAUAUGAAAAAAGGAUCUUUAGUGUUUGCAGCACUAUUGAACAACCACCACAUUGCAGAUAAUCAUUACCCAGCCUUGGAUAUGGCCUGGUUUGGUGUCAGAGACAUGUGACUCGAGUGCAAAGCAGCAUAAAAUUACAGCAGUGCGAAAACUGUGGUUGGAGUUUUUGAAGAUAGUUUGAUGUUCAUGUUAAUUUUACUUGUAUCAAAGACAUAAUAUACAGCACAUAUCAUAAUUCUAUGUUUGGUAUUUGUAUACAGAAUAGAAAUAUGAUGGUUUAAAAUAGAUAAAAGAUAAGUAAAAUAUUAGAAUUAUUACAGCUACAUUUGGUUAUUCAAUGAUUUUGUUUCUUAUGUUUCAGUUUUGAACGUUAAUGAAUUUUGUAGCACUUCCUGCUGUUCACCAUGUCCUUCCCCGAUAGCAUGUUGGAUAGUUAAUCUCAGGGGUUGAUAGUUCAGUCCUCUAGGAUCAGAGUUAGGGUUUUCACUGAUGGCCUUCAACAGUCGGCUGCUUUUUAAGUGGUGGUGUAUUAUAUCAACACAGGGGAUUUCGGGUGAAUGAACAAAAGAGACUAAACUGGACCGGUUCAUCUAUUUAUAAAUGCUAUCAUCCAUCAUUUGCAGGUGUUCCCAUUCAUGUGCUGGCAGAAUAGCCAAAAUCAAGACAAAGACCAGUUUUGUUGUUAGUGAAAAGGAGCCUUAUAUAUUCAUUGUUCUGCUGCCAUUUUGUGCCACCUGGGCAGCACUUCACAGUAUAUCAAAUAAAGAUCAUGCACUUUGGUGUUCUAGUUUUAA